CUGCCACUUGCGGAUAAAUUUGGAACUACUUUGCGUCAUGAAGGCUAUCUAUGUACUGUGGACUCGUGUUUGUGUACGAUAUUGUAACAUUUCAGCUUUUAUUGGAAUAUACAGUGAUUGUGAAUGAUUUGUAUGAGAAUGCAGACAUUACCAGAUACACAAAACAUACUCAACCUUGUGAUAUAAAUAACCCCAUAGUUCAUAUCUAAGAAACCUUGAAGCAAGGGCAUCAUAAUGAAACAAAGUUCUUCAAAAUUGGCAUCAAGGAGCAAUGGCUACCAGUCAGAUGACGAUACAGUGCGAUACAAGCUGAAUACCGAGUUCUUCAACAAUACUAACAAGGCUCCAAUAAAGCCGAACAAGAAACAAGAACACAUAGAACCCGAUGAUGGUAUACGGUACAUGUUUCCAAAAGUUGUAUUAAAAAAUCUAGCCAUUGAUAAGAAGCCUAAACAGAAAAUUAAAGUUAACUUUUGGAGCAGCAAACAAUUACUCAACAAGCGCAAACAAGAUGCAAAAAAAGAAACCUCAAAUCGCAGGCACACAGUAGCCGUGCCACCUCAUGAAAGGUUAAAUGAUAAACCGAAGAACACUGCUGUGAAGGUACGCAAACAGGUAUCAUUUCUCCCUUCUCCAUUGUUCUCUGAUAACCAUGUACCGAUGGUGACUGUACCUGAUGACUUGACUAUUCAUCUUAAUGAAGAAGAGGCAAACGAUCUUGGCGAGGACUUAAACCUAGGAAUAUCAGAGCAAGAUGCUGCAACUAAAAGCAAAUCAAGCGUGUUGUCCAAAAGGAAAUCCCGCUCAUUACCAACUCAAACGAGUCCCAAAAGCUCAAAACGCAAACAUAGCAGUGACGACUCCGAUGGCAGGUCCCAUGGAAAUGAGAAUGACCUUGAAUUCUUCUCCAAGUAUGUGGUUCAAAAGCUAAGGAAAAUGGAAACCAACCAACGGAUUUACUCAGAAAACUUAAUUAAUACUGUUCUCAUGUUGGGACAACUCUCCAAGUUGAAUGGUAAAUAUAAAAUAUUAGAACAGUAACAAUAGCAUCUUAGAAUUAAUUUUAAGAGUUACCCUUGUGUAUUUAAGUUAACAUGGUUAAUGAGUUUGAAGAAGUUGAUUAUUAAUGUUUUAAAGAAAAGUAUAUUAACUUUAAAAUGAGGAAUGUUUAACUUAAAUAUUGUUACUAUGACUGAACUUGUGCAAUAAUGACAACAACUAGCUCAAGUAAAUUGCUUUCCAGCAAAAUUCAUACAUCCCAAUGAAUUUGUUACGAAUGUAACUCGCAGAAGCCUAAUUUUCUAAACAUAAAAUAGUUUUUCACAGAGUUUUAAUAGUUUUAAUAAAUUAUUACACCUUGUAAACAACAAAUAUUGUAACAUAUUGUGUUCAGUCACAUUUCCAUUUCCUUAUUAUUUUGUAGCUGUAAGGUAACUAUUUAUACAUAGUUAGUAUGUACUUGUACAUAUGAUUAGCGACAAGAACUUGUCACUGAUAUGAGGGUGGUAUUCCACUUGUCCUAUUUCUUUGUCCAAUGUGUAUUUAAAUAAAAAUAAUAAAAUAAAAUAUCUUUUUUACAGAAUAUUAAAAAAUUCCAUACAAUAUUUGCGUCUCAUAUUUUGCUUAGCGAGAGAGCGAGCCGUAAUGCACAUUGGUCCAAAAAAUUGGACAGGUGGAAUGCCAAUCUAAGUAACAAUUUACAAAAAUAAUAACUCAUAAGUACAGAAACUAAUAUUUAUUUUUUAAGGCAUUAUGCAUCUAAUGAAAUGUCAUGCAUGUCUCAUGUUUAAUUUAUUUGUUAAAUAUUUUCAUUAAAAAAACUACAUUUUUGAGUACUAAAUAUUGAAACUAUGAAAUGGUGUUAGUAUAUUUAUAUUUAUACUAGAUUCUGCAUAUUUCUGGAUGUUGUUUAAGCCUUACAUAUCACGUUUAUUGUGCUAAUUGUUAUUUUUCUUUUGUGCUAUUUUACUGAAACUAGGUAAUUAAGUUGUAUGUGCAUACAAAUUUUAGUUAGGUAUAAAAGCACAAGCUUUGCUAAUUAAUAUUUUGUGGGUGUAUUUAUUUUCUGAAGAAGUAAAGCUUCACCAGAAGUACCUAUACAUGAAUUUUAAAACAGUGUUGUAGCACAAAACAGAUAUGUACAGAAGUCAAUAACAAGUAUGUACUUCACUUUUCAUACCUACGCUCGGCGGUCGCUCUACGGUUGUUAACUAUAGCUUAUGCACAAAAAACAAUCGUGGUAGUGGCACUCGUAUCAGCCCGUAUCUAGUUGUUUGAUUUAUUGUUGAGGAUAGAACGGGAAGAAUGGAAAUAUAGGUAAAUUAAUAAUAACUAAAAUAUUUUAAUUUUAAUGUCAUUGUUAAACUGGUAGUUUAAAACACGAUAAUUCACCGUUUAAUGUUGAAUUUAAACAACCAUCUACUGAACACUUAUAAUUACUUUUUUUUUGUUUCUCCAUUAUUGCACAAAAAAGUUCACAGACGCGUGUCUCAAGCAUGGCACUCGCGCUCGCAGUGGUCCCAACCGGUCCGAGAUGUCGUGUCCGUGAGCAGUGUCUAUGUGUGCGUUGCUCGAGCGCACUUUGUAUGUAGAUUGAUUUCUGUACCUAUCUGUUUUGUGGUUGUAGCGUAGAUUUCAGAGCUGAACAAGAUGGCGCUGUACGCCGCCAUCCGGUUUGUGAUAACUGGAUUGUUAAAGUCAAGGGCCAUACAGUUUCAACAUAUUAACACAUUCAGGGCCAAGAACCCGACUGUCGGGUACACGGUUCGUAGCGACUACGCGCACCAUAGCGCGAAACCGUGGCUACGCGCUACGAGCGUAACCCGUAGCACUUUGACAAUGAAUGUGUUAAUGCUGCGUUUCCACCAGAGAUGUGCGACCAUGCGUAGCGACAGCGAGAGAUGUGUUCGUUAAGUACCAAUAGAAUAUUACCACUAGAGCUGUGCUAAGCGAGGAUAGGUAAAUGGAGUGAUUCUAGUGGCAGGCGUGGCUCACUCCGCGAUUCCGUCGCUUUGCUACAGGUAGCUAAAAGUACAUCCGUUCCACCCCAAUUUUGGGGAAAGCCGUAAGCCGCGCGUGGCGCUGUCGCCACCUAGCGGCCAUAUCUGUGCUGAUCGUAACAGACGCGUUUUGUUAGAGAGUGAGUCUUCUGUACCUAGUACUAUCAGUGCUAGUGGUUCUUAAAAAAAAACAUCCCUCACUCUACGCAUUCUCGCACAUGUCUUGUGGUAACGCAGCCUAAUUAAUAAUUAUCUAGAGCAGGCCACUGUGUGUGUCUUUUGAUUCCUUCCUCUAUGACCAGAAAUAUGUUUAAGAAGUCCAGUUUUCAAAGACAAAUUUAUUUUGUAGUUCUCAAUUUUCUUCCUAUAAAGACUUAAAAGGUGACUAUGACUUAGUAUAAAUUUGAAAGUAAGCAGUCAUCUCUACUUUUGGUUUGGUGAAACUUUACAUGUUAUUGUUUUUUCUUUUGUGUACAUAUUAUGUUCCACGGUUUUCAUGCUAUCAUUGUUGUAGGGGUAAUUAACAGAUUAACUUUUUAACCGCCAGCAAUUUUUGAUCGAGCGUGCUCGUGUCGCCACCGACAGUAAUUGUACCACGCAGAGUAAGGUUGGCAUAGUUACGGACGCUAUAAAUGUGCUGUAAAAACCAAAUCAGAUAUUUGUCUUAUUUAUCAGACUGGCGAAAUGAGCUGGAUAUGUAAUGUCUUAUAUAUCAGACUCUGGCGGUUACAGGGUUAAAAAAAAAACAGAUUUUUGACAAAGUGUUUGUCUUGGUCCAUAAAUUGUGUAAUGGGUACUUUAAUGUUAUAAAUGGACUUUCUGUGAUCCCAUUUCAGCACAAUAAAGUGAAAAGUAAACUGUAUAUCUGUUAUGCGAAAAGUAAUGAAAUUGUGUUAAUAUAGUUGUCAAUUAAGAAAAGUAUUUACAUAUUUACAAAAACUGAUUGUUGUUUGCCGGAAACGAUGACUUAAGUUAGUCUCGGUUUCUAUAUUACUAUUAAGUAUACAUAUUUUUAAAAUUCGAGAUUGUACCUACAAGGUAGGAAUUUACUGCCUGAAAAAUAAAACUUUGUGAACUUAACAA